UCGUGUCGCAGCACGCAUUCACAGGGUGUGUUAACUUUACUGGCACCUACAGGCACAGCUGUCAAAAAGAUUGCAUUACCUGGUCAACUACCAGAUCAUGUUUAGGAUGUAACAGUUACAUAAUCAUUCAAACCUAAACUGAGAAAUUCCGGUCCGAAGUAUGGUGUGCACUGUAAUUGACAAGUCUUACGUAUGGACUCCAAAUUUCUAUUUUUAUUUUGAUAGAGAUUAUUAAUGCAGCUGCCGAGAUCCGCGUUGUACGACGUUUCUCCAGGUGUGCUGGGGCGUGCGGUAGAGACGUCAUCUCGGGGCAGACUCAAGCACCCCAGUUGCUGCUUUCCGUGUCGGUGAUUUCCCAUCAUCAUGCUGACUCGGCGACAAGCCAAGUUGCGGAGGGUGGCUCUCGGAGAACAACUCGUCGAAGUCUCAGCGAAGCUUUGCACUAAAUUAGUCAUGUGUUAAGUGCACGCAUUUGGGCGUAAAAAGGCUCUAAAGUCGCCUUGUUGCGCAGCGCACGAUACCGUGCGUUUCACGUGCAUGCUCAAUUUUGUGCAGAAGCUAUGCACAGGAAGCAUUACUUCGAUUGACGCCCUGAGUGACCUUUCCCUGGAACUGGUGUUUUCGUUCUUGGAUACAUCCGACCUGGUACAAGCAUCGCAGGUGUGCUCUCGCUGGCGGGACCUCUGCUCUUCAAGGCGGCUAUGGUCUUCACGAACAUUUGAACAUCACGACUCUGCUCAGAAGGAGUUCCUGGGCGUGGUGCGCCUGCUGCGACGCACUCACGGUGUGGUCCCCUACACCAAAGUCACCCUUUCCAUAGGCUAUACUUGGCCGCCAGUGAGCAUAUCGUUCGAGGAUAACGCCGAAACUUUGAAGAUUGGCACCUCGUCGUCCCUGAUGCAUCUGCUCUGCCUACGAAAUCUAGUCAAAGACAACGUGAAGGUUUUGCGAGUAAUUGAAAACGCUGACCUGCUGACCGUCGCUGAGGCUCUUGUUGUCUGGGAGGCAAUCGCCAGCAAGACAUCACUCACCGCACUGCACAUCACCAUGUGUCGGAACAGUAUUUUGCACGGAGUUACAUUUGACUGGCCUAAGAGGGGAUCCCUGCACGAGUUCAGCUUUAGUGUCUUCAACGACGCACGCUUUGGGGGACGGCUGUGCCGCCCGAUACGGUCCCUUCUCUCGGUUCAUCGCCACCAGCUGACGAGGGUUGAUAUCUCACCGCAGGAUCAGCAGGGUUUGCUGAAUUUCGUACCGCGCCAUCUAUACACCCUUUCCGCGGUUGUGCUGCCCAGCUUGAUCAGAGUGCUGAAAUCGGCGUGGGGUCUCCGUCAUUUGUUCCUGGAUUCCCAGUACGAUAACUUAAACAAGUCUCUCGAAGUUUUGAAACAGCUGCUUUCUUUGCGCUUGAUUCGUUCCUUGUAUCAACUGGAUGUCACUUUCAAGUCAGGUUGCAGCACUGCAGAAAGCCUGGCGCUCCUGUCGCUCGUCGGGCGCUUGGAAUCCUUGCAGUGGCUGCAACUGCGUGGCGUCUGCUGCGCCCUGUCGGACCCGGAGUGCGGCCCCACUGCUCUCAAGGACCUGCUGACGUUGCGCCACGUCAAGACGCUGAGCGUGGACGUGGAGCCCAGCACCUUCCCACUGCACGCCCUGCUGCCUCGGACGACGGGCGGAGUGAACUCGGAGCCCCUGGUGCGGUUGCCAGCCACGCUGAAGCUCCUCUCCUUGGGGGACCCCGCCGCCGUGUCGGAGCGGCCUUGCGACUCCAAGUGGGUGCAGCAGCUGCGCUCCGUGAUGGACGACUACCAGCCGCUCCACGUCCGAGUGCAUGGCAGCUGCCUGGAGGUGCAAGGCAGUGGCGGCGCGGCCGGGAAGGUCCGAGUCAAGAACGCCCUCAUCGUGCCACAUUCUGCGGACCACUACUGCGAGGAGUGCCGUGUGGGUCCUGCGACUUGGCUUGAUUACCGAAGAAUUUACAUCAGGGAACUGUGACUUACAUGUGUUGGACGUUCUGCUCUGGCCAUGAGGCACUUGAAGUAAGGGACUGUCUUUGGUACUUUAAAAAGUUAUUGUUAAUUGUUCGAAACGAAGUUUUAAAUUUAUUGUACAGGCUUUUGUCUUACCAGAUGCAUUUCUGUUGAUUUUUUAUUAGUUCUCAUUUAGUGCAAUUUAUAUAUAUUUUAUUGGUCAUAAAUUUUAUUGUUCAGUUUUUAUUUUUAUAUAAUCUUUCUCUAAACAAUGAACUUUAUUUAUUCAAGUG